AUGGUUCUCGAAGCCUUGCCCCCUGCCUCGACCCUGUGCAGCGACUUCACCAUCCUCGAGGACAAUGCCAGCGUUCACUAUCUAAACAACACUGCCAAAGCUCUCGCUAACCAGCAGCCUCCUCUGGCGGAGAGUCCGUUUCAUAACAACAAGAGCAAUAUCAUUGAGAUAGACUCGUAUCCGAAGCCGUUUUCAGCAGAGGAUCAAGAGAACCGCGUUGUUACUACCGGCUCGCCGCAAUACUCAAAGUCACCCAAAACAACGCGUCGUAUUGUUGCAAACAUAUCGUCUCGCUCUCCCACGUCUGAUCAGGACAUAUCAAAGGUUAAACAGGUCGUUAGACAGAAGCGACGACCAGCAUUACUGUCUCCCAAUCAUCGUCGACCAAACACCCCUUCUCUAGUCUCGAUUCAGGAAGACAAUCCUUUGGCCAUUGCCUCCCCUAUUUCUAGUGUCCGCACACAAGUCGAGAAACACCUUACAGCCACACCAAUCUCCGCUGCGUUGACGGCCGAUUGUUUCAAGUCAAUGCAGCUCAUAAAAGAAAUGGCCGCCAUUGACAUUCCUCAGCCACCGCCACAUUUUGGGGUAGCCGCCCUUAGUGUUCCAGAGGCAACCGAGGCUGUUCAGGAUGCACUCUCUCCAAUUCCAUCACCCUCAAUCAAAUCGGAACGUAGCUUUAUUGGAGCUAUUUCGCCUGCUGGUUCGUUCUCAGGGCCGCGCAUUGAAGAUUCGCUGGAGGAGAUUGACAAGUUGGAAGAAGAACUGGAAGCAAUAAACGAGGUUGCGGAUUUUAAGGAGGUUAAUUCGACCCGCACAAAUCCACCAAAGUCAACGUUGAAUACGCUGCCCACCACAACGACAAACGCUUCGAGAGCUCGAAAACGUGCGUCAAUGGCGAACCUAUCCCCAAGUACUCGGCUUGGUUUGGCUGAGAAUGCAGAGCCUACCUUGAGGAGGUCAGCAUCAUUGCGCUUGCGGCCAAAUAUUGAAUCAUCCCCGGUACGAUCUUCGGAAAAGAAGGUGCAUGAUGCCCCGGCAAGUGCUCAAAAGGCUGGCUUUAAGAGGCUACCGACAAGCAAGUCAUCCAAGCCACCGACCGUGCCCAAAUUUGAGCUCCCUGGUGAAGCUGUUGCUCGGAAAUUGCGAGAGCAGCGUGAAGCAAGGAAGCUCCAACAAGAACAAGCUGCAAAACUAGCCAUGUCCCCUCCGAAACCUCUCACUCUUACGAAACCGUGUUUUGAGCUACCAGGCGAGGCCAUCUCUCGGCGCAAGCGUGAGGAAAGAGAAGCUAAGCUCAAGGCUGAAGAGGAGGAAGCUCGCAAGAGGCGAGAGUUUAAAGCCCGUCCGGUACGUCACAGCAUCGGGCCUAACACAUUGCCCCGCGAAACCGCAACCAGCAGAGCACGAGCAGCGCAGACACAGCAAAAUGGUGACUUACUCCGACCGACCCUAUCUACCCAGCAGAAGAGGAUGUCUAUUGGACCGGGAGUUCAUCUCACAGCAGCUAAACCUUUGCCGAGUAGCAGAAGCUCGCUUUCCAGUAGCACAAGUGCAGGAUUAUCUCGUCAGUCGACGGCAGAUUCUAAAACACAAGGCGUGGCUCCCACCAUAACCACAUGGGAGGCUGCCCAGAAGGCUUUGCGCCGAAAGAGCACAUUUCUGGAGACUAUUCAUGAUACGCGUCAGCGGGAACGCCAGGAGAAGGAGAAGACGAUGAAGGAGGCUAGAGCACAGGCCGCGGAGCGCUCUAGAAUUGCUAGCCGUGAGUGGGCCGAGAAGCAGCGACGACGAGAGUCGAGUCAACAUUAG